AUGGUUUCUGGAAGUGGUGAUUCCACUGCCCGAGUUUGGGAUUGUGAUACUGGAACCCCACUGCACACUCUCAAGGGACAUACCAGCUGGGUGCUGGCUGUCGCCUAUUCUCCGAACGGCGCUAUAAUCGCAACCGGUAGCAUGGAUAAUACAGUGCGGUUGUGGGAUGCGAAGAAGGGAUAG